UAUUUGAAGAAAAGAGAAAGUUGACAAGUCGCUCGGGUUCAGUUGAACGAAUUUCGCAACAUCGAAGCUUACCUAAACAUCAUUCAGGUCUCAAGUUACGUCCGAUUUACCGUGAAGAAGUUGAUGACUUGAAAAUGUUCCCAUCAUUAGUUAAAACGCGCGAUCUUUUUGUCAAAACUGAGCCAGCGCAAAGGAAGUUUGAAAAUGUUCCUUUUUGCAAUGUGGACUUGAAACGGCACGAGUAUUCUCAGAAGCAAAAGAGUAAAAGUUGUAGUGAGCUACCCAGUAUAACAAAUCGAUCUGAAAAACAAUCUGACGCUUGUACAUGCACUUCAGAGUCCAAAGCGUUUGAAAGCGAAAUACGUAAGCGCGGUCGAUCCCUUUCUUCUGUUACGCUCCCUUCAGUUGAAAAUUUUCCGCAGAUAAUUUCUUCGCGACAUCAUGACGACACUUCACGGCAUAGCAUGCUGGAGACGCUAGAAAAAUUUGAACGAUUGAUCAUGGAAAAUGACCUUCCAUCAUCUGAUGCAAAUGAAACAUGUUGCUUGACACAUAAGUCUGUUUAUCGUUUGCCGAACGAUAAAAAAGUGCAACUAGAUGCAAUUGCUACCCAUCGUGUUUCCACUGUGAGUCUGGGUUUUUUCAUUGAUUUGAAAACGAUGGAAACACCUUCAUCGACGUGCAUCAAAUGCUACAAGAGACUGAAGCUGGAGGACAUGAUGCCAUCAAACUCUACUGUAUGCAAGUUGUGUCAUAAAAAAAUGAUUGCUGGGAAUACGUUUUGGGUUUCCCUUGAAUCUGACGACGCUAAAAUUGCCUCUGGCGUUGAACUUGGAAAUAUGGGACUUACUAUGUCCAAAGACUGCAGAGCAGAAAGCCGUAUCAAAUUGUGCGUUGAUGAUAAAACCAAAUUGAAAGAUGCAGGAACGUUACAACAGUUGAACUCGAGUUUAGGCACAAAUAAAUCUUCAAACGAUGCUCAAGUUUUUAGGUGUUUUUCUGAAACAGGUAUAACAGCAUCAACUAUAUUAAAACAUGGCGAUGAAAGAAUUUCAUCACAAAAUCAUUGUGCAUCAUUUGAGAACUUUAGGCUUGGAAACAACAUUUCUGAAAGCGAAAUAUCCGAAAACGUCGAUGGAAAGAUUGAAGUGGCUGAAAUGAAUCACAGAACUUACGAUAAUGUUACGUCAAAACUUUGUGUGAAUGAGUCGAAACUUGAUACUUCAACGUGCAAAGUCAGUGAACCCAUAAAACCUUUGGAGUUAUCAAUGUCGAACUCAAAGGACUUGCAAACAGCUCACAACAAUAAUGAAAUUAACCAACUCAAAUCGAAAGCAACAGGCGAAGUAAUUUUUCCUACUAAACUAGCAUCGCAGUUGAGGAAAGAAUCUGAUGAUUUCCUAUGUUCUCGUGCUGGUGUGAAUUCCUUGGAGCCAUCAAAUGCCCCCUGUUUGCAAAAUAUCGCAGCAGAUCUCAAUGCGUCCACGUGGUCUGACGUGGAGCAACGUGGAGCAGCUUCAUCCCAAGGUAAAAGGGAUCGUUCUUUGGUUGGUGAUUGUGCCAUCGCUGUUCUUACGGACAAGCGAAGCUUGAAUGUUCGUCACGAAUGUGAUUCGUCAAGGUUCCAGUAUAUAAAUAGCGAAGUAAUUCCUUCUGCAAUACUCAUCCGAAAUCUCUUUCCAUCCCCUACACCACCAAUAACUCAGACGGUAAACAUUAGAUCAAAUUGUGAAUGUGAUCGCCACGCCAUAUUUGCCAAGACAUCAAAAAAUAACAAUAAAAAGAAAAGAGUAUUAAAAGCCAGUCGAAAGACUGGACAUUGUUCUGUCCAGAAGACUAAAAUGAUCUCGAGAAAAGGAAAGCGUGGACGAGGUAAACGAAUCAUUUCCGCCCCGAAGAAAGGGACAAAGAAAGUAAAACAUGCAGAUACUGUUGAUGUACCAGAAGUUUCCGUUCGGCAAACAGAACUAAAACCAAAAACUGAUAACGAGGAUCGUGCAAGACGAAUGAUCGAGUUUGAGCAAAUUGCUGCAAGUACUCCGUUCCAAUUGAGAAAAGAAACAGUCUUUAAACAAAGCGUCAUGGCACUUAGUCCGAUCCCAGAAGCGUCAAGAUCAAAUCAUUCCGGUUUUCAGUCUCGCUCCCAGUCUCUGUUUUCCUGUGCAAGUGAGCAUGGCGAUUAUUAUCUAUCGAACAUAUUGAAUUGUGUUUGCAAUAGUCCUGUUGACGCGAACAAUGACAUUCAACAGAAGAUGCUCUCACGCUCAAAUGGGGAUUUGCGAGAGGUUGCGUUGAAUUCACACGACAAAAAAUUGCAGAUGGUCGAAAUUGAAUUUGAAAAUGCUGUUCCAGAACACAUGUAUGAAAAGAAUAUGCUAGAAAACAGUAAUUAUGGUUCUUUGCUUUGCUAUACGUCAAAAGACCAAAAUUUACUUGGCGAAUUAACGAUUACUGAUGGACUUAAAACGCUUGAGAAAAGUGUGAAUUCUAAAUCAAAAUGCGUACUCGAAAAAAAUUGGUUUCAAUGUCAUAAUGACACGAGAAUUGAUUCUAUUAAUUGUCCGCCGGAAGGAAAAAUGCUUGAUGAAACUAAUGCUUCCAACAGUUCAAACGAAUCAGCAGCUCUUAGAGACUUAUUUCGUGAAAUGUCCCCAGAUUCCAGUAUCAGCCGCGAAACGUUGAACAGAAUUUCCGCACUCGCUGACAAACUCUUUAUUGAUCAAAAGAAGAUAACUUGUGAUGAAUCUGACGUGAAAUUACGUGAAAUUGCAUCUCUUGGGGAUUCCAGUUGGAACACGCUUUUUAAUUCUAAAAUUCCCGAGCCUUCGGCUUCGAGCUCAAUCACGUUACCGACCCCUUUGGGUGACUUACAAAAUGACGGAUCUGUUUCACAAGAACUUGUUGUGAGUAGACUCAGUCCUCAAAAGUUGGUUGCCUCUGGCAAUGUUUCGCAAAUAACAUCAUAUGGAGAGGACGAAAUUGUGUGGAAAAAGGGAAACAUGCUUGGAAGAGGAGCAUUUGGAAAGGUAUAUUGUGGUUUAACAGACACGGGUCAAAUGAUUGCAGUGAAACAGGUUGAGCUUAUCACUAGUGAUAUGAAAGAGGCUGAGAGGCAAUACGAAAACUUGCAAGAAGAAGUGAGACUUUUGAAGUCUUUACGACACAGGAAUGUGGUUAGUUUUCUUGGCACAUGUCUUGAUGCUGGAGUUGUGAAUAUUUUCAUGGAGUUUGUUCCUGGGGGAUCUAUUGCUUCAAUUUUAUCAAGAUUUGGUCCGUUGAAAGAGCGAGUUAUUCGAUAUUACACGAAGCAGAUCUUAGAUGGCGUGGAGUACUUGCAUGCCAAUAACGUCAUUCACCGAGACAUUAAAGGAGGCAACAUCAUGUUGAUGCCCUCAGGUGUCGUGAAGCUGAUUGACUUUGGUUGCGCAAAACGUCUUUAUUUGGAUUUGAGCCAGAGUGAGGGAGAUUUGCUACGAUCAAUGAAAGGCACCCCUUACUGGAUGGCGCCCGAAGUGAUCAAAGAAACAGGAUAUGGAAGAAAGUCGGAUAUUUGGAGUGUUGGUUGUACUGUAUUGGAAAUGGCCACCGGAAAACCUCCAUGGUCACAUCUACCUCCGAUGUCUGCUAUCUUAGCAAUUGGUGAAGGAUUAGAAAUGCCAAAGCUGGAAAAGGAAAUUUCUGACCAGGCGUGUGAUUUUGUUGCAUUAUCUAUGAAAAGAAAUCCUCACGAAAGAUGGUCUGCUGAGGAACUUUUAAAUCACCCGUUCAUCCAAGAAUUUAAUCAUCAAUUUGUAAAUGAAUAUUUUAACCCCAUGCAAUAAUCACUAUUAGAGACUUAUAACAAUGAAAAAAGUAUUCUUUUUAAACGUAUUCGUUUUGUAAAAUGCGUCUUGAUUGAAAACUGAACCUGCUUGUAAGUAGUACCUAUUUUAGUGAAGCACAAAACGAUUGAAACUCAGUAACAAAAAAGUGAAGAUAACUUCCAAACGUUUCGACAACUACAAGUAUAUUUGCUACAUGUCGUAACGAAACGUGUGGAAUAAAUAAUGUUUACUUUUUAAGGAGUUUCAAUCGUUUUGUGUUAAUAAAAGCCGCACAUAAAUAGGGUAAUGCUAAUAUGCUAUAUGUCAUUAAAAUAGUAAGCUCGAGUAACUUUCAUUGAUGCAGAAAUUAAAGGAGAACGAAGAGUCCGUGUUGAAAUGUGCUAAAAAUUCCUGCUUGAAGAUUAAGAGCACUAAAGACUCCUAUUUCUAUUUCAUAUCAGCAUAUCAGCAUGAAGUGAAAAACGUGGAGGCUUUGAUAGAUAUUCGUAUUUCUCACUCUUACUUUUGCACUCAUGACGCUAGGCUGUGAUGAAAUGCUGCAAUUUUUCGCUCUUCUAUUUGGCUCUUCUAUUUCUAUCAUAAUUCUUUAUGCUGAUGGAAAGGUAGCGAUCUGCUACAAAAUCCACUGUUUUUGCUUUAUUAUAAUAUACUAUUGAAAGUAGCAUCGGAUAAUUCUCCAAAGGUCUUCCACCUGCUUUUCAUUGAUUGAAUAAGAGCCAGCGCAUCAAUUACAAGGGUAUUGUCGUCAAAUCGAUCCAAGUCACAUUUGUAAUUAUCAUCUUAAAAUAAACGAAUAAAAGUAAACAUUUCUA